AUGCCCAGCAAUGCCUAUUAUUUUAAUAUUCACAAGAAAUUUUCUAUUUCACAACUUGAAGAUUUUUGGAAUGAAGAUUUAAAUCUUGAAACAGCUAAUAAUAAUGAAGAUAAUACGGAUAAAGUUAAUUUAGAUUUAGAGCCUAAACUUUCAUUAGAAAAACUUUAUGGGGCUUGUAAAGUACUUGUAGAACAAAUUCAAAAAUUAUCUGAUAUUCCAUGGUUUCUAA